AUGGGCGGCCUUACAACAGACUCUGAUGAAGAUCCAUUCAAGUAUGACCGCGGAUCAUACACGGUCUUCCUCCAGCCAUCUCAGGAAAGAGAAGUCAGCGAGGCGCUUCACCGUGUCAGUGGCACCAGCACCAUCUAUCCCAAUGAGACCAACCACAAUGGACAUGCCUACACCGCGCAUGGCCCAGUUGGCUCUGCCGCACCUCCCAUGCCUCCUUCAACUGGGCUCAGUUAUCAAAACACCGCUCAGAGAAACAUCAACACUCCCAACAAAGCUGCCAUGAAGAAACUCGCUCUUCGGUCUUAUUUUCCUAAGCACCUUCAAUGGGACGAAGAUGAUGAGGAGUUUGACGAUGAGUUUGACGACAUCGAUGCUGUUAAGACCGACAGAGGUGAUUGGGAGACAGUCGGGUCCAACCUUGGUUUUGCUAAGACCGACAGAGGUGACUGGGAGACAGUUGAGUCGAACCUCGUUGCUGUUAAGAGCGAUGGAGGGGAGUGGGAGACAGUCGGUUCUAGUAUUGGCCAGUUCAACAGCCAUCGAGCUUAUGCGUCCGGGACUGGCUUUGGCACUCGCUUUGGCCUACGGACCACAGGGAGCAGCAUUGCAGACUACUCCGACACCUCAAGCAUCCGGGCUGAAUCCUUCGGUGCUUUUGCAUCAACCGAAAAGAUCGUGCAGCAUCCGAUGAACGGGAAGCACGACAACUAUGUCGUUCGGACACUCAAGGGUGACAGCCGCCCAGUCUUCCUUCCGCAACCAAGGAUUCAUAGAGUCAACGGCUAUGCCCAAGAUUCAUGCCGCGUAUUUGACCAAGCCACGACAUCAAGCAGCCAGGGUUCAUCCACAAGAGCAUACUUGGCGGAGAAGCUCACUGCCCCGUUCCGUUCUUUGACCUCCAGCAGGAACACCGAUCGGAGACAUCCCUAUGGGAACAGCCAAUCCGGCCCAGACAGCGGCCACCAGCUAAGACGCCAGGGUCUGAGGAGACUUCCGCCGCAGACACCCCGAGCUCACGAUUCAUUUCAAGCCAAUACAUCUAUCGGCCCGGAAUCACCAGUCCAGUUCAGCUUUCCGUUGAUUCCUUUGGAAGAGGCUGCAAGGCUACAAGCGUUGAAGCGACGAAGCGACGCGAAUGAACACAGCUUUCAGAACAGUCCUCAGACACGGAAGAACAGCCUCGUGUCUUGCCUUUCGUGGAAGGCCUCCAACAAGUUGACGAAGAAAACGGCGCCCUCCACUCCGCAUACUCUGCCGAGAAAGCCAUUGCCCACUCACUGUCGCGAGCCAGUCUCUAACCACCGCGUCUCAAUCCGUAUGUAUAACCCCAACUCAACAUGUCAGUUCCAUGUACUAACAGUUUCACAGAAAACCAAGUUGCCAGCAACGGACAGGAGACAACUCGCUUGUCGACCUUGA